UUGGUGCUGGGGCUGCUGCUGGGCCCCUGGUGCACAGUCUCCUCCCCACCUGAGCCCUGCCGGACCUGCCGGGACCUCGCCAGCAGCUUUCUCAAGGGCCUGGAGCGGACAGAGCGGGAGAAUUUUGGGGGAGGGAACACGGCCUGGGAGGAAGAGAAGCUGGCGAAAUAUGCGCACAGUGAGACGCGCCUGCUGGAGGUGCUGGAGAGCGUGUGUGGCAAGUCGGACUUUGCGUGUCACCAGCUGCUGGAGCAGAGUGAGGAGCACGUGGAGAGCUGGUGGUUCCAGGGACAGCAGCAGCACCCCGACUUCUUCCAGUGGCUCUGCAUGGACACUCUGAAGGUCUGCUGCCCACCUGGCACCUAUGGCCCUGACUGCCUGCCAUGUGCUGGUGGGCACCAGCAGCCGUGCAGUGGGAAUGGUAAAUGCGACGGCGAGGGGACGCGCGCGGGCACUGGCCUGUGCAUGUGCAGCCUGGGCUACGGCGGCUCCUUCUGCUCUGAGUGCGCAGACGGCUACUACGAGGCAGCCAGGAAUGAGAGCCACCUGGUAUGUGCUGAAUGCUACCGGGCCUGCGGGCGCUGCUCGGGGCCAGAGGACUCCAGCUGUCUGCGCUGCAAGAGGGGCUGGGCGCUGCAUGAGCACAGGUGCAUUGACAUCGAUGAAUGUGGCACGGAGAUGGCGCAUUGUCGGGCCAACCAGUUCUGCGUCAACACCGAAGGCUCCUACGAGUGCCGAGACUGCGCCAAGGCCUGUGUCGGCUGCAUGGGCGCCGGGCCUGCCCGCUGCAAAAGGUGCAACAAAGGCUACCAGCGGGAUGGAGCAAAGUGCCUAGACGUGGACGAGUGUGCCAGCGCGCAGGAACCUGUCUGCACCGGGCCCCACGAGGUCUGUGAGAACACAGACGGCAGCUACCGGUGCGUUUGUGCAGAGGGCCACGUGCGCAGGGAUGGCGAGUGUGUGGAGGACGAACCCCCAGACACCCCGGCAAAGGGCUUUUUUGACGAGGUGACGGAGGACGAGGUGGUGGUGCUUCAGCAAAUGUUCUUCGGCGUGGUGAUCUGUGCGCUGGCCACGCUGGCUGCCAAGGGUGACAUGGUCUUCACCGCCAUCUUCAUCGGCGCGGUGGCAGCCAUGGCUGGCUACUGGCUCUCGGAGCGCAGCGACCGCGUGCUCGACGGGUUCCUGAAGGGCAGAUAGCUCUGGGCGGGAGGCUCCUCCCUGCCCCUGACACAGGGCCUGGGUGGGCGAGGCCCUUAGCACCGGCUUGGGGACUGUCCCUGUGAUGGGGAGCAGGGGGUGCCUGGCUCCAGGGGGCCCCAGGACUGAGGGUGAGAUGGGAAGCUGGUGGGGGGCCCCGGCUCUGGGGGUGGGGUGGUUCAGGGCAGGAUGUGGCACCCCCUGGCCAGGCCUGUGCCAGAGUUCUCAGAGUCGCUUUCCCCUUGGAGAUGUUUUGUCCACGUGGAUCCCACUCGCUGUGCAAGCGCUUCGUGCCGUGUCGUUGGGGCUGGGCCUUGCGUGUGCCCCCCUCCAGCGCAUGGGGCUGCAGGACAGGUGGUGGUUCCCGCUGGGAGUGCCCAAUCAACAGGCAGGCCGGAGGAGACCUAGCGCUGCAGAGAGCAGCACUCCAAAGAUGGCCUCUGCCCAGUCGGGGGCCUUGUCUGGCACAGCAAUGGGCAGCAUGCCAGGGCCCCCCGUGCAGGGAACAGCCUGCCUGCUGGGAGAAAGGGGGCUGCCGUCCGGGUGCACAGGCUGCUGGUACCGCCUGGCGCCACACCGGCAGCCUUUGGCAGGGGUGGCCGGGGCUUUGUCCCGUGCGACAGGCAGGGACUCGUCUGCUGGGUUUGGGCCCGUUGCCUCUCACGCUGUCUGGGGCUGGAGCUGUUUCUCGUGGGUGUAAGAACGUAAGAACAGCCGUACUGGGUCAGACCAAAGGUCCAUCCAGCCAGGCUUGAAUGAUCUUUAGGAAAGACACAAGGGCGGGUGGCUGGCCGAUUGACGUGGAGUCUGCCCCCAUCUCCACAUGUGGUGCAGGACAGGCCUGCCAUGAGAGCUGGGAGCUGGCGGACUCUGGCUCGCCCGUGGCCAGCUGGGGCGAUGUGCAGAGAGCACUGCGGUCGGGGGCCGGAACAGGGAUCCGUCAGCCCCAGAGACCUGCCUUGGAUCCCCACUGAGUGUGCAGGGGUAGCACGCUGAGCCACCUCGCAGGCUCCAGCCCAGGGGCUGCAGCCUCCAGAGGGGAGCAGCUGUGCAGAGCUCCCCACGCAGGCUCCCAGCAGAGCUCUGCCAGCCCCCUGGGGCUCUGGGUGGGUCUUAGGAGAGCGGGAGGGGAACUGCUGGAUGGGUGGAGAGUUCCUGGGCUGCAGCCUGCCUGAUCUCGUGUCUGCGGGAUGGGGGAAGCCGUGAGAAAAGGGCCUGGCGGGAUCCCCGACUGGGGCACGCUCUGGAGUGCAAUGGGGUGUUUUGUGUCUGUUGGCGGCAAACAGGACGGUCCCAGGAGAGCCCCAUCUGCAGAACGGGUUUGUGACCAGAGUCCUCCGGGGACCUCUCAGGCUGACCACGUGCUGGCCGUGGAGAGUGUGCCGGGCUGAUGGAUGGUCAGUGGAGAGCGUCUGGGUUCUCCCGGGGAUCCGACACUGCUCCCGGCCUGAGG